AUGUAUGCUGUUUUAUGGUAUCAAUACCUCUGUCGUCGCGGACGCUGGUAUACCAUACUGAGUUGUACAUCGAACAAUAACUUGACACGAAGAUUUUUGUAUGACAGAUGUUAUUCGUGAUGGCGACUUCAACUCUAAGCAGGUGCAUCAUUUUUAUGAGCUUUCUUGCGGUUGGUUCGUGCAAGACGACGUCGGUAUUGCAAACAACUUCCGGUCCGAUGCAGGGGUCGAUCCACUCGUAUAACGGAUCCGACGUCUACCAGUUCAUUGGCAUACCGUACGCUGCGCCACCGGUACGCGAAUUGCGCUUUAUGAAACCGGUACCUCCGACAGCCUGGAACUCAACAUUCACGGCGGAAAGGUUUCCGCCGUCAUGUAUGCAGUACUUGUUUGAGAACGAUAGGUGGCUAAUUCCGAAAGAAAGUCAGAAUAUUUCCGAAGACUGUCUGUACAUGAAUAUCUAUGUACCUAGAGCGACAUCAUCGGCUGAACCGAAGGCUGUUAUGAUUUGGAUACACGGAGGAGGUUUUACCGCGGGACAAGGAUCCAUUUUUGAUGCCUCGUACAUAGCGCUGAGAGGUGACGUCAUAGUUGUUACGUUCAAUUACAGGCUGGGCUUAUUUGGAUUUCUCUCCACAGAGGAUACUAAUGCACGGGGUAAUUAUGGAAUAUGGGACCAGGUCGCGGCGAUCAAAUGGGUCAGCGAAAACAUUGCGAAUUUCGGCGGCGAUAAUUCUAAGGUUUGCAUAUUCGGAGAGUCCGCUGGUGGUAACAGUGUGGGGUUACAUACGAUCAUACAAGAGAAUAGGGGGCGGAUACAUCGAGCGAUUUCGGAAAGCGGUGCCGUUUACAGUCCGCGGGCGGUCGCCGAGCAGUCGCAGACCGUGGCUCGCCGGGCUGCGGAAAUGUUGAACUGCUCGACGAGAAGCACGAAGGAUAUAGUCGAAUGUCUGCGGACGGUUCCCGCCGGCGAUUUGCUUAAGGUUCAGGGUGCCGCCAGCGCGCUCAGCAAUCAAUCCGGCGAGUCAUUUGUAAACCACAUGGGUCCAGUGGUCGACGGUGAUUUAAUAAUUGAUCAUCCUGUCGAGAUUCUAAAAAAUCGCAGCUCCGAAGGUUUCAAGUUCUUCCAAACACUGGACAUCCUCGCUGGAACCAAUAUCGCGGAGGGCGGUCUUAUGUACUGGCCUCUUAUGAAAUACCAGCAUCAAUACCACUACAACAUUUCCGAAGGUGUUCCGGCAGGCGUUUUGUGCGAUGUUGUGGCAACGGCUGCAGCGGAGGAAUAUGCGGUGAGCACACGUGGCCUUAUAAAAGACGCCGUAUGUAAACAGUACACGGUGCGCGAUGGUUCCCUAGCGGAACAAGGUCGGAGCACGGUAGACGUAUAUGCUGAUCUUCAGUUUUUCAUACCAACGGUUCAAACUCUCGACGCACAUUACACGCCGGAGAAAGUCGGCCGGAGCUUUCAGUACAUUUUCACCCAUCAGCCCUCGUUCACAUGGAUCCGGGAGCGGCCACCAUGGCUGAUAGGGGCAAACCACGCCGGGGAACUUCCGUUCGUGUUUGGGUUGGACGCCAUGUAUCCACCGACGCACGAGAAACCGAGAGCUGAACGAAAAUUGUCCGAAAGUAUUAUGACAUACUGGACCAACUUUGCCAAAACCGGGACGCCAAAUGGCGACCCAAGCCUUCCAAUAUGGCCAGAUUACGAGCCGACAACCAGUGCCUACAUGAACCUUAGUCUGGAUCUCGGCUCGGGGGUACACUUGUUUAGCGACCGGGUCCACUUCUGGACGAGGGUUGUUCCGGACAUAACCAGUACGGUUAUUGAAGGACAGACUGAUUGCGCCUGCACGAUUGCACUGGGCCUGUUUGUCUCGAUUUAUGUAGCGUUUGCAACUGGUUUUGUAAUGUGGCUGUAACCCAUUUAUGUCUAGUGGACUCUCCCAUAGAUCUACAUUGGAUCAAUUUAUUUCCAAAAUUAGGGAUGUCUAUUAUAUUUUUUCUAUAUUUAGCAUAUUUCUUACAGAAACUCCUUUAACAAUUUAUGCCUAGUGGACUCUCUCAUAUUUCUAAAUUGGAUCAAUUUAUUUCCAAAAUAAGGGAUAUCUAGUUUUUUUUAUUUCUAUAUUUAGAAUAUAUCUUAUAGAAAUUCCUUUAAGCAAACAAUGCAGACCCAGACGAGACGCCGCAUGAUGCGGUGUCUCAUCUGGUUCUACGCUGUUUGCAAAUGCCUUUUAUCUAGACGCUAUGCAUAAAUAGGUGAAGCAAACAGCGCAGACCCUAAUGAGACGCUCAUGUGGCGUCUCAUCUGGGUCUUCGCGGUUUGACAAGGUCUUAUAGACGCUAGGCAUAAAUGGCUUUAAAGUAACAAUCUCACAAUCAACGAAUAUUUCGCAAAUAAAAUUAACCUAUAUAAAAAUCAGUGUUCCUUCUAGCAAUAACCAACAUUUCAACCCUAGAUUUGGAAUGGGAACAGAGUUAACGAGAUACAAAAUGUUCGUUUUUUGUGUGGCACAAUAUAUAAAUGCAUUUUUUUUGCCGCUGCGAUAUCUUUUCAUACGACACGCGACCAUAAACUUGGUACAUGAAAAUGUGUUGAAUAGUGUGCCAACAACCUAAAGAGCUGCUAUUGCGAUAAGAAACGUUGCUUUUGUUUGUGGUAUCUUUAUUUUUCGGAAUAUUGUACGAAAUGAUUCGUUGAUAGAGGAUUUAUGUGCUUUUCAUAAUGAACGUGAUUUUCGCAAGAAGGGACAAUCGUGUUGGCCGGAAUAAAUAGUUUGAAGCGAAAUUACUGUUUUUUUUUAAUACAUAGGUAUUUGUAAACACUACUUAAGUAUCUUAGCAGAAAAUUUAUCACUACAUCCGGUUACAAAACUGCGUACCAGUUGACCUUUAAAAUACAAGCCUUUCGUUGAUACACAGUUUGUUUCAAAAUUGUAUUUGUAAAUAAAAGCACCAUGUGUUAUCAUAAAGUCGAUUUAUUUGAAAACUUAUUGGACAAGGAGUCGUAAAUAUGGUACUGUUUAAUUUCAGUUUUAAAGAUGUGUAUUUAAUAAAAUGUGUGGAUAUUUGAA